AUGGCUCCCGCUAACCUGCCGUCCAUUUUCAAUGCCACGUCCCAGGACAUCGAGAUGCUCCUGGCGGCCCAGUGCCACCUCGGUUCCAAGAACCUCCAGGUGCACAUGGAGCCUUACCUGUGGAAGACCCGUGUCGAUGGUGUCAACGUCCUGAACAUUGGCAAGACCUGGGAGAAGAUUGUCCUGGCCGCCCGUAUCAUCGUCGCCAUUGAGAACCCGGCCGACAUCUGCGUCAUCUCUGCCCGUCCCUACGGUCAGCGUGCCGUCCUCAAGUUCGCCGCCCACACCGGUGCCUCCCCCAUCGCUGGUCGCUUCACCCCCGGUAGCUUCACCAACUACAUCACCCGUUCCUUCAAGGAGCCCCGCCUGAUUGUCGUGACCGACCCUCGCACCGACGCCCAGGCCAUCAAGGAGGCCAGCUACGUCAACAUCCCCGUCAUUGCCCUCUGCGACACCGACUCCCCUACCGAGUACGUCGACGUUGCCAUCCCCACCAACAACAAGGGUCGCCACGCCAUUGGUACCGUCUGGUGGCUCCUUGCCCGUGAGGUUCUCCGUCUCCGUGGAACCAUCUUCAACCGCGAGACCCCCUGGGACGUCAUGGUUGAUCUGUACUUCUAUCGCGACCCUGAGGCCGAGGCUGAGGAGAAGGUUGAGGAGGAGAAGCUCAUCACCGCUACUGAGGAGGAGGCCCCCGCUGCCGUCGAGUCUGGCUUCCCCGCCGCUGGUGGUGACUGGGAGGCUCCCGCUGCCGGCUUCGCUGGUGCUAACCCCACUGGCUGGGACGGUGCCGGUGCUGUUGCCGGUGCCGGUGCCGGCCAGGACUGGGCCGCCGCCUCUGGUACUCAGGAGUGGGCUGCUGAGGCUCCUAAGGAGAGCCAGUGGUAA